AUGACAGAAGCCUACAUAAGCCUUCUAAUAGGAGAUGGAUACUUGCCUGGGGCAUUGUAUUUGGCAAAUCGUAUUCGUCAGUUUGAUAAUGAGAGAGAUUUGGUUAUCUUAGUUAGUGAUAUUAGUAUCAAAGUGCAUCGACUACUUGAACGAUUUUACUCAAAAGUGGUUGUGUUACUUCCUGAUAGCAAGAUUGCAACCAGUCCUUACAAUGCUCCUGAGCUACAUUUGCUGAAUAGACCAGAUCUAGAGAAUGUCCUUAAUAAGAUUCAUAUCUUCCAUCAGACUCAUUACGAGAAGUUGUUGUAUGUGGACUUGGAUGUGUUAAUUUUAAAUGAUUUUAAAGGACUGUUUGACAUAGAAGUUAAGGAAUGGGAGUUGUAUGCUGUGUCAGAUAUAGGCUGGCCUGAUUACUUUAAUUCUGGUCUAAUGUUGUUCAAACCUAGCGCUAAUGUUUUCAGGCAUUUGUUGGCUCUUUUAACUGAAGUUCCUGGUGUUUCCUAUGAUGGAGGGGAUCAAGGGCUGAUUAACUAUGUAUUCCAAAACAAAUGGUUGCGCACUGGUGAUGACACAAAACGGUGUGGUGUAUGGUACAAUCUUAGUUUUGCGUUCAAUAUGACACUUUCCAACAACUAUGAGAGUCUUCCUUCAGUACUGCGAAAUCUCACAGACAUCAAAUUGGUUCAUUUCAUAGGAAUUGUGAAACCAUGGAUGCUUAAACCAUCUUUUGUGAACGACUUUCCAGAUGGCAGUCUUGACAGUUUUGUUGCCCAAUGGUGGGAGCAGUUUAGCUCUUUUGAGAACGGUGAGUUUCUACCUUUGGUUUUUAAGAAUGUUGAAAGCGAACGUAUUGAAGAAGACUCCCAUGAGACGGAAGAAAAGGUGGACGAAGAAGUCUCCAUUUCAGAGCCUCAGGAUGAAACCACUGAUUUCAAGUACCAGUUUGGCCAUCAUUCCUUUGAAGAACCUGCACCGGUAUUAGAUUAUUCAACUGAGGGAGAAGCAUGGAAGCUUAAUGAAGAACAAUUGACUAAUCAGUGGGAUGUUGAUGCACCAGCUGAGCCGCUGCCUGUCCCUGUUGAAGAAGACGAACGCGAAGAGACGAAGGCCGAAGCUGAAUUGGAGGAGCUGCUACCGGAUAUUGUUCAGCCUGAACCUCCAGCACCUCAUGUUUUUCCCUGGGAAGCUUACAAUGAAAAGCCGACACGAGUUUUCCAUGAUUACAGGUAA